GGGCUCAGGUGACGUGUCCGUGUCUGGGGAUAGGCGGAUCCCGUACACCCGGCGAUAACAAGGAAGUGCUCAGCCCAUGCUGGAGAGCAGCGGACACUUGACAGGGCGCAGCACUCGGGGAGAACCCAUAGGACAUGUUCAGCUGGAUGGGGAAGGAGAGCGGCUCCGGCCGCCAGCAGCAGGACGUGCACCAGACGGUGACGGGCGGCCUGCAGGCUUUGUAUACCGGGAAGCUGCUGCCUCUGGAGGAACAUUACCGCUUCCAUGAGUUCCAUUCCCCGGCGCUGGAGGAGGCGGACUUCAAGAACCGGCCCAUGGUGCUGCUGGUGGGCCAGUACAGUACGGGGAAGACCACCUUCAUCAGAUACUUACUAGAACAAGAUUUUCCAGGAAUGCGAAUUGGACCUGAGCCUACAACGGAUUCAUUCAUUGCUGUCAUGCACGGUGAAAAAGAAGGAAGCAUUCCAGGAAAUGCGUUGGUUGUCGACCCCAAAAAACCCUUUCGUAAACUAAAUAGUUUUGGGAAUGCCUUUCUAAACCGGUUUAUGUGCUCACAGUUGCCCAAUCAGGUUCUUCAGAGCAUCAGCAUCAUCGAUUCUCCUGGAAUCCUCUCUGGAGAGAAGCAACGUAUUAGCAGAGGUUAUGACUUCUGCCAAGUGUUGCAGUGGUUUGCAGAACGGGUUGACCGGAUCAUUCUCCUCUUUGAUGCCCAUAAAUUGGAUAUAUCCGAUGAGUUCUCAGAAGCAAUUAAAGCCUUUCGGGGUCAAGAUGACAAAAUCCGGGUGGUUCUCAACAAAGCUGAUCAAGUAGAUACCCAGCAGCUAAUGAGAGUCUAUGGAGCCCUCAUGUGGUCAUUAGGAAAAGUGAUCAACACCCCAGAGGUGGUCCGUGUUUACAUUGGCUCAUUCUGGGCAAAACCUCUGCAGAAUACUGAGAACAGGAAACUCUUUGAAAUGGAAGCCCAAGACCUCUUUCGGGAUAUCCAGAGCCUGCCAAAGAAUGCCGCACUCCGAAAACUAAAUGACCUGAUUAAGAGAGCUCGCCUUGCCAAGGUAUGAUUA